CAGGGAGAAGCAGCAGAGACACACACACACACUUAGACAAGCAGUUGGGAAGACCAGAAACUUAACACACUCAUUCACACACACUCAUUCACUCUCACUCAUUCAAUCUCACUCAUUCACACACACUCAUUCACUUCCACUCAUUCACUCAGCAUGUUUCGGUGGACGCUCCCCCAGGCAGUGUGUGCGCUGUCGGCGUGUGUGUGUCUGGUUCUCACAAACGAGUAUGAUUUUGAGGUCAACUACACUGACCCCUUCUACAAUGAAAUCGGCGAUGGAGACACACCAGAACCCACGCCGACUCCAGUUCCUUGCAGUACUCAGGACCUGACCAAAUGGGACAAACUAUUCUUGAUGCUGGAGAACAGUCAGAUGAGGGAGAACAUGUUGCUGCAGUACGCAGACGACAUCAUCAAGGUGGAGAUGGGAUCGCUGCGCGGGGAAAUGCUCAGGUUUGUAGCACAGUAUGGCGGUUCCUGUGGGGUUGCGGUGGAGACAGCAGGAAGAAGAAUGGCCCUGCAGCUUGAUGGCCGCCUGAGAGAAACAAUGGAACGUUUCAAAACCAGAGAUCAGAAUUCUGCUGGGAAUUCUGCCGGGAUAUCCAACCACCAGGAGUCGAUGCUGCAGCAGCUCCUCUCCGCAGCACGAGCACAAGCUACCCGACUCACCAAACUGGAGACCAGUUGCUUCAGUAACAGCCCAGGAGCUGGGAUGGGGAUGGAUGUUAAGACGGUAUCCAAGCUCCCCGAGGCAGCAGUGAACGAGCACCUGGAGCAAGAGGUCACGUCCCGAGAGGGGGCUUUGGACGGCUUGCUGGCUGCGCUGCAGCAGACGAGGGAGGAACUGGGGGAGGUGCUGAGGUCAUCGCGGCAAAGACAAUUACCCGCAGGUUGUGAGAUGGCGCUCCUCUUCCCCAUGCGUUCCCGUCGAAUCUACACCUCCGUGAUACCAGAUGUCCCUCUGUCCAUCUCCUGCUUCACCGUGUGCAUGUGGGUGAAGCUGACCGUCGCCUCUAACAGGACCGUGCUCUUCUCCUACGGGAACCGUCGCAACCCUUAUGAGAUCCAGCUGCUGCUCGGCCAGACCUCCGCUCUCUUCACCAUCGGAGGAGAGGCUCACCUGGUGGAGGCUCGGGAGGUGGUGAACCCGUCACAGUGGACCCACCUGUGCGGGGUGUGGUCCUCCGAGCAGGGCCUGGCGACGCUGUGGGCAGGCGGAAAAAAGGUGGCCGCCACACCUGGGGUCGCUGAAGGACAUGUUUUACCCGACGGAGGCUCACUGCAGCUCGGGCAGGAAAGGAACGGCUGCUGCCCCCUGACCCCCAGCGGCGGCAGCGGGGUGGUCGGGUUCGAGGCAGGGUUCGAUUCCAAGAUGGCGUUCACGGGGAAGAUGACAGGAGUGAACAUGUGGGACAGGGUGCUUUCAGAGGAGGAGAUUUCCCAGCUGGCUUUGCGGGAGGGCCAGGGCUGCGAGCAGAGGGGGAACGUGGUGGCGUGGGGAGUGACGGAGAUGGUCCCACAUGGAGGCGCUCAGUUCGUCAACUAACAGAUUCACAGUCCUCGUGGUGGAAAUGUCUUUCUUCACAAUCUCAAUUGUGAAUAUGAGCAACGUCGUAAUAAGCUUUAAUGCUAAAACUGAACAGAGCAACUGCUUCUAUCACCUCUGUCUCUUUAGUUACAUCUUUUAAUUAUGUCUCAAUUAUCAUGAAUCUAAUGCUGCGAUGAACUUUACUGGAGAUGUUCAGAUGAAAGAAAGCUAAUUUAAAGAGGCCCUAUUAUGUUUUGGGGGGGUUUUCCCUUUCCUGUAGUGUUAUAUAGGUUUUGGUGCAUGUAAAUGGUCUGCAAAGGCUAAAAUCCUAAAGUUCCCUCCAGAGGGAGUUUCUCUCCCACACACUCCCCCUGUGCCUGAAACGCCUCCAUUGGACUCCUUUAAUUACUUCCUGAACAUAGUGACAUAACUAUGGAACACUCACGCUUCUAUUGGCUAGCGUUCCAACACAUUGUACGUGACAGGCUAAGGGGCGGGACAUCUCUAAGCGGUUGACCAAUCACAAAAGAGCCGGCCAGCUAACCAAUCAGAGCAGACUGGGCUCUGGUUUCAGACAGAGGGUGAAAAGAGGUGCUGCAGCACAGGCAGUAUGAGAAAAAUAAAGAGCUUUUAGAACAUUAAAGCAUGGAGACAUGUCCCAGUAGAGGCAAAACAUACAAAAAUGAACCUGAAAAUGUGUAUAAUAUGUCCCCUUGAAGGGAAGAUUAUUUUAGCAAAGUAACCUUUUGAACUAAGGCAACACAAACACAUACACACACACACACUGGCGUACAAAAAGCAUAUACAAAUUGUAUUGUGGAAGGAGAUGUGCUGUAUUUACCAAAGACUCAAUUAGACUGCAGGAAAACAAAGAGUGUUUUGUUGAAGCGGACUGGUUCUGACCAGUAAACGGAGUAAUCAGCAGACAGGCGUGCAGGAGAGGAAAUGAGGUGACACAGAUUUACAAGAGAUGAUCUUGUAACUGUAGAGUAAUGAUGCAUUUACUCUCUUUCUAUCUACAUCUGUACAGAAAUAGCUCAAUUAUCAAUGCAAACUCCUGAUUAUAUAAUAUUUUAUCCACAUUGUGAUUCAAAGCAGAUACUAAUGUGUUAAUAAUGUGUAGUACAACAUGUUAUUAAAAACUGCUGUACUCGCCUUGAUCUGAAGCAUGGAAACCAGCAACAGCUUCAUACAAACAAAGAAUGAGGGACUUAUUGUUUUAGACUUAACCUUACAUUUCCAUGUUUACAUUGGUAUGAGUUAUAUAAUUGCUGUUCUACUUUGUUCGUGGUUCUCAUUUAAUCUUAGGGUAAUUUAUGUGUGUUUUCUUUGGCACCGCAUAAAGCAAUAAUAGUAAAACUGUAAUAUUUCUAAUGUGAAUAUGACAUUAUUGCUAUUUGAUAAAAGAACUGAGGACAAUGUUUACACUAAUCUUUAAAUCGUCUUGUAUUAUACUGUACAUUUUUUUUUGUUGUUAUGUUUCUGUGGUAUUCUUGUGAAAAGGUGAAUGUAUUUUUGUACAUAAAUAUAUUUUGCAUAACAUGAGUGGAUGGAUGGAGAGUGAGACUGAAUAAACAAGUUAAAAUAUAA